UUGGCCUGGAGUGAAGUGGUGUCUCCCGGUUUAUUUUUCCGUGUUUUGUGUAGAAAAAUAAUUAACAACAAAUAUAUUGCUAACACACGGAUAAAGCAAUAAACAAUGUUAAUUAGAAUAGUGAAACGCCUGUGUGUGCCUGGAUAGUACAUGGGUUUUUAUUCAGAAAAGUGUGUAUACAGGAAGAUAAUCGAUUUGUCAACGCGAGUUUAGAUUACAAUUUCGGUGCACUAAUUGACCCAAGGUGCGUUCAACCAUUACCACACAACCGUAUCAUGUUUGGUGUCGUUUAACUCGGCUCCUCAUGCAGAUUCUCCUGGCGAUGAUCGUUUUGUGUAAUUCCACCGUUUGAGCGAUUUAUUAAAAUAAAAACAAAUCGGAGCAUCCCGCGGCCGUUCACUCUGCUCUCGGUCGCGGAGCUGGUCAAGAGAAGACUCACGUUCACAGUAGCUACAUGGGGUUAUCGCCGAGACGUGUGCUCUAGCUUGAUUAACAAGUUUUGAUAAUUAUUACCGGUGGUGAGGCUGAAGAUCGGAGUGCGGGAGAGACAACGCUGUAUUUACAUAAUUAUUUAUAUUGUUCGCGCACCACUUUCUCGCAUCUCUGUAGCUUUAAUAUCAAUCCGAUAUAUUUCACUAGCGCGCCGCGAAUUAUGCAGCCCAUUAUCUUGUGUAGAUGAUUGAAGUGUCCGCCAGUACCACAUACAUAACGAAUUGUUUCAUACGCAGGUGACUGAUAAUCUGGGGUCUCAUGGAAAAAAUGGAAGUCGAUGAAGCUGUUGUGGAUUUAAGUAUUAGCUCCAACAACAGGUCAUCGCCGGCCCCCGCGUACCAGCUCAACUCCAUUCCCGCCGCCGUCGCCGCCAACGUCGCCCCCAUCGGCGGUCACCACCAGCACCAGCAGAUGGUGAACUCCAGGCGGGUGCUCCGGCCGCGCACCGAGCCGAUUUCCUACGUCGAGAGCCCCGACGUGCUCUUCAACGGGCUGCUGGACAAGCCCCGCACCAACGGCAACCUCGACUACAGCAGCGACUCCAGCGAGGGCGAGAUGCCGCCGCUGGCGCCCAUCAAGGAGCUCAGUCCCUCUGAGCUCAAACAUAGGGAGAGGGGAUUACGAAGGCUGAGAGAGGAACUCCGGGCGGAGGAGAUGAAGCUGGUGCUGCUGAAGAAGCUCAAGCAGUCGCAGCAGCUGAAGGAGAACGUGGCGGUGCUGCCGCCCAGCAUCCCCCCGUCGGCGCUGCCGCCCACCGGGCUGCCCAGCGGCCUGAGCAUCACCCCCACCACCGUGAAGGUGCCGGCCAACAAGAUCCAGCCGCCCAUGGCCGCCCACUCGCGGCACCCGAUCUCCAACUCGCACAAGCCCAUGCAGGGGGCCUCGCCCAACCUUCUCCGAGGGCAGGCGCCGCCGCCAAGAGCCAACAUGCACGGGCCCCCGCUCAGUGUGUCACCCCUCAGCAGCAGGACAAGCCUGUCGGUACCCCAGCCGCCCCAGAGGUCUUCCAUAGGCAGACCGCCCUCCGUCUUUCCUCCGGGGGUCAAAGACUUGUCGCCUUCGGUCACUAUAACACCCGCCCCGCCUCAACCAGUCAAGGACCGGCCUAGAGAAGACAACCAAACGCCUGCCCAAAGACAGGCCGCUGCCAAAUUGGCUCUGCGGAAACAGCUGGAAAAGACGCUCUUGCAGAUCCCGCCACCAAAGCCGCCCCCGCCCGAGAUGCAUUUCAUCCCGAAUCCCAGCAACACGGAGUUCAUCUACCUGGUGGGACUGGAGCACGUCGUGGAUUUCCUCACCAAAGAAACUAGGACCCCUUUACCGCCCAUGCCGUUCGCCUGCAGCCAGUGUCAGUCCGACUUCACGCCCGUCUGGAAGUGGGAGUCCAGCAAGAAGAACAAGGGGGCUAAAUCGGUGAUCUGCGAACAGUGCGUGACGAACAACGUGAAGAAAGCCCUGAAGGCCGAACACACGAACAGGUUGAAAACGGCCUUUGUUAAGGCCCUGCAGCAGGAGCAGGAGAUCGAGCAGAGGCUCGCGCAGAACGGAGUGUUCACCUCCAGCAGUCCGGCUCCGUCUCCGGUUACCCCGGAAGUGCUACCCAAGUCUGUCACCCCCACACCCACACCGAGACACGCAGCCACACCGCCGGCGCCGCCCCCGGCACAACCCACACCGCCUCCCCCCAGGAGUUCGCACGCACCCGGCCACUCCGCCUCGUCCGUGCAGGAUAAGUACAACCAGCAGCAGAGCGCGGCGGCGAUGCAGGCCUUACACCAGCAGCUGUUACGAAGUCUCUCAGCGGGCGGGCCCCCGGCGGGCCACAUGCUGCAGUUUUCGCCGCUCCUCUACCCCUGGCAGCUGGCCAUGGCGCAGGCGGCAGCCAGCGGAAAGGGGAGCUCCGCCAACCUGGCGGAACUGCAGCGGGCGGCCGAUCUCCAACGACAGUACCUGCUAGACAUGAUCCCGCCCGGCCCCCAGCAGCGCCACAACUGGAAGACAUGAUGCGUCGGCGAGUACGGUGAUAAAACUUGACAGUUCUAGAUAAAAUGGUGAUCCGUGACUUUUUUCCCGGCCGCACCCAGGCCGGUGUGUGUGACUGUUUAAUUUAAAAUUAUCCCCUUCGUAAGUGGAUUUAAAUGUAUUUUAUCAUGUGCCCGAUUUAGUUGUUCCAGAAGUGCGAGGCGGGUCGAGGAUGGUUUUUUUUCUUAUUGGACCUUAUUUUGGAAAAAAAAAUAUUUUUCUGGUGAUUGUGAAUCACGGUUUUUUAAAAAUUGCGGUAUUUAGUUGAGAAAAGUUUAUUUCGAACGGGUCGGAAAUAAAUCGAAUGCCAAAAAGUUGAUUAUUUUUUUUUUUAGCUACUGACAGCUGGUACUGUUGAAUGUGAAGUAGCAGAAAAUUGAAGAUGUCGUACAAAAAUAUUUUCUUAAUUUCAUGUACAGGAUGUUAAUUGAGCGUGUCGACAAACUUUAAGGGACGAUUCGUAGAAUGACUUUAAACCAAAUAGGGUUUAUAAAGGGGGGAUCACAAGUCGAGAAUUUUCGAUAUACAAGGUGUUGAAAUUAGAAAAAAAAUCACCUUUUGUAACUGAAGAUGUUUGAUAUUGAAUAACAAAACUUGGGUUAAUAAUUUAACUAUUUGAAGGUGAAAAUCGACUUAAUUCGUAUAUAAAUAUGUACCAGUGGUGGAAGUAUGGGAAUUACUUCCACUAAAAACCCCAGAAAUUUAACUCGCUGAAUAUUGUGAAAAUUUUGUCACUAAAUCCUUAUGAUCUUACCAAGACAAAAAGAUAUCUUUCGUUUUAUUCAAAGAAUACUCUUUUACUUUUAUUAACAUCCUUGAAAUUUUGAGUUUGAAAUAUGAAAAUUUUAAUUCAUACUUAAAAUUUGAAACUUCGAAAUUUAGAGUUCGUAUUUGAAAUUUCGAGCUUAAACUUGAAAUAUUAAGUUUGAAAUAUGAAAUUUUGUGCUUUAGUCUAGAAAUUUCGAGUUCAAAUUAAAAAUUUCAUAUUUGAGCUCGAAAUUUUGAGUUUGUACCUACUUAUUUUGAGUUUGAAAUAUUCAGUCUCGAGUUUAAACUUAAAAUUUUCAGUUUGAAACACAAAAUACUGAGUAUGAACUUCAAAUUUCAGUUUUGAAAAGUCUAGAAACUUCAGGUUCAUACUAGAAAAUUUGAGUUUGAUAUUCAAAAUUUCGAGUUUAAUCUUGAAAUUUCAAAUUUAAUCAAAUUAACAAUUUCCCGUAGAACUUUGAAAUUUUGAGUUGAAAUUAAAAAUUUCAUAUUUGAGCUCGAAAUUUUGAGUUUGCACUUGGAGUUUGAAAUAUUCAGUCUCGAGUUUAAACUUGAAAUUUUAAGUUUAAAACACAAAAUACCGAGUUGCAACUUCAAUUUCAGUUUUGCAAGUUCUAUUAGAAACUUCAAGUUCACAUUUAAUUUAAUCUUUUAGAGUUAAAAUUAAAAAAUUCAUAUUGAACUCGAAAAUUUGAGUUUGUACUUAAAACUUUGAGUUUGAAAUAUUCAGUCUAGAGUUUAAAUUUGAAAUUUGAAGUUUGAAACACAAAAUACCGUGUUUCAACUUGAAAUUUUAGUUUUGAAUGUUCUACUAGAAAUUUCAAGUUCAUACUCGAAAUUUUGAGUUUGAUAUUCAAAAUUUCAAGUUGUAAGCUUGAAAUCUGAAAUUUAAUUAAAUUAACAAUAAUUUUCUGUUGAAAUUCAAAAUAUCAAGUUCAAGUACAAGCUUUUGAGUUCAAACCUUGUAUUAAUUUAAAGUUUUCGAUAAACGGGCUGUGAAAUUAAAAAAAAAGAUGUCUGAUUUUUAAAAAUAUCUGUGAAGAUGUUUGAUUUUAGAAAAGCUGAAUUUAAUUUCAACACCCUGUAUAUUUAAAACUAUGGAUUUCCGGACCCACACUUUUAAAUCUUUUUGGCUUCAAUCCGCUCAAAAAAUCGUCUCUUAAAGUUUAUUAACGUGCCCUAUGAACACCCUGUACGGAAACAUUCUUUGACAGUCUUGUGAAAUCGUAAUUAUUUAGUUCAUCGUGUACCUUAGUAGGUUUAUUUAAUAUUUAAUUUAAAAAAAAAUUACGUAUUCCCGCUCAUGAAACUUGCGACAUUUAUUGCGAGAGUUAUCUCAUAGUUUCGAGCGUAAGAAAACGACCGGUGAUAAGUUUUUUAACCCGUACGUGGUACCCAGUAGAGAUAUAAAACUUGUCGUUACUAAAUUCGAAAAACCGUAUCCGGGAAAAGGCGGCAACAAUUUUUUUUCUCUCGAAAUAUUAUUUCUAGUCUCCACAAUUACCUUUUCGAUAAUAAAAAUCAUUUCGAUGGAUGGAAAUGAGUAAAAAAUUUUUUCGUGAAUCGUUGCGCAAGAAGUGUCGCAAGUCCUCACGGGCACGACCAACAUCCAACUUCUGGAAUAAAUAUAUUUAUUUAAAAAAAAAAAAUGUCGGCGCGACGUUGACCGUUGACGAGGCGUCGCGCCGUGCUUUGGCUGACAUGUUAGUUUUAGGUGUUAAGGUUGUCCUUUAUUAGCGACACAGUAAGUUGCGCGUGAGCGUGGGCAGCGUGUUAGUUAAGGAGUACUGAAGAGGUGUGAUUUGUACAUUAGUUAACGAUUU